GACACGCACGCACUCCUUGACAUUUUAAUCUCUCUAGGGUUCUUUUCUCUCUCUUAGUUUCCAUUCAAUCCCUGCGUCUUCAUCAGAGGUAGGUAGGGUCGCUCCAUGCUUCAUCUUCUCCAUUCCUAUUACAUCAUGCUUUUCUUCAUUCAUUCAUUCAACAACCUUCAUCGCUUUCCCCAUAGCUGCCAAUGGAAGCGGCGGCGACGGCAACGGCGACUGUUCUCACACCCCCGUCGGCUCCGCCCAGGCCGUCGGUUUUCCUCGGAAGACCCUCCGCACUCGCAUUCCGUUCCAAUCUUCGCUUCUCCACUAAGUUGAGCACUUCAGUGUCGUUCUCCAAGCAAGGUCACGCGAGACACAGAGUUGGAAGUAAAAGGGGUUUUGUAGUUAGAGCUGCAUCAUUUACACCAGAGUCAUCUGAACCAAGUUCCAAGAUUGCUCCACUUAAGCUGGAGUCUCCAAUCGGGCAGUUUCUCUCUCAGAUUUUGAUAAGUCACCCGCAUCUUGUGCCUGCCGCAGUAGAGCAGCAACUUGAGCAAUUCCAAACUGAUUGUGAUGGCGAUAAACAAAAGAAAGAGCCUUCUGCUUCAGGCACCGACUUAGUUUUAUACAGGAGAAUUGCUGAGGUUAAGGCUAAAGAGAGGAGAACAGCUCUAGAAGAGAUAUUGUAUGCAUUGGUGGUGCAAAAGUUCAUGGAUGCCAAUAUUUCUCUGAUACCCUCCUUAACUCCAAACCACUCUGGUCAGGUUGAUUCAUGGCCAAGUGAAGAUGGAAAACUGGAGGAGCUUCACUCACCGGAAGCCUAUGAGAUGAUCCAAAACCACUUGGCUCUCAUUUUGGGCAACCGUUUAGGGGAUUCAACAUCUGUUGCUCAGAUCAGCAAAAUCAGAGUAGGACAGGUCUAUGCAGCUUCGAUAAUGUACGGGUACUUUCUCAAGCGGGUUGUCCAAAGGUUCCAGCUGGAGAAGACAAUGAAGAUUCUUCCUAAUGGAGCAGAAGAGAAUAGCAUUCAACAUACUGUUGUAGAUGAUUCAAGAAUCAGUGGUGGAGAUGGCCGUUCUCAUGUUAUGUCCCAUCCUGAAGUUUCUACUUUGCCUGGUGGUGGCAUCAGCUCAGGGGGAUUUGGUUAUGGUUCAAAAGUGUCCAGGUUGCGUACCUAUGUGAUGUCCUUUGAUAGCGAGACAUUACAGAGAUAUGCAACAAUAAGAUCCAAAGAGGCUCUCAGCAUCAUUGAGAAGCACACCGAAGCAUUGUUUGGAAGACCUGAAAUUGUUGUAACACCGGAGGGGGUAAUUGAUUCUUUGACGGAUCAGAGCAUCAAAAUUAGCUUUGGUGGUUUGAAGAGACUUGUUUUAGAAGCUAUUACUUUUGGUUCCUUUCUCUGGGAUGUUGAGAGCUACGUCGACUCAAGGUACCAUUUUGUCCUCAACUGAGUCCUGCUCACUCCCAUGCACCCCAAGGCAAAGUCUGUACGGACUGAAAGUACAAAUAUUUUUCACCUUUUUGAUCAGUGACAUUGGAAUUGGUUUUCACUAUUAAAAGGAUAUCUUAAAAUUAGAUAUUCCCACAUUGGUUUAUCCUUCAUUAUGGUGAUUUUUGUUGGAGUAUUAAGUGUGCAACCGAUAUAGACCUGUCAAAAUUCAAAUCCAACAAAAUUCAAAUUACUAAUGACUGUUGUGACAAUUAUAAUAAGGAUGGCUGAUGUAAAGGGAAAGUGGCUGACUACAAGAUUUCUUUUAGUUAAAUGUUUAUUUUAUCAAUUUUUUGACCAAUAAAUGGAUAUACACAUUUCAUGACCAA